GUGUUUGCGAUGACACUGCUUGGUUACACUGUGGGAGAGCUUGGUAUUAUCGCGGCGUGUUUCACCUGUAAUGUGGCAUUGGUGAAUUCUGUGAAAUACAUCCAGUAUACGUUACAUUACCCUUAUCCACUGCUUAUAAGUGCGGUCCAUAUGGUAUUCUCUUGGUUGGCUUGUGGGGUAUAUGUUAAAUUUAAUGUACCAGCAUUGAGGGAAUAUACAUUAAAACGAUAUAUGGUAGAAGUAUUUCCAGUAGCAGCCAUGGCUAGUGCUAGUAUUGGUUGUGGCAAUAUGGCACUAAAAUAUAUAUUCCCAUCAUUCCACGAGUUAUUACAACAGACCAGCCCGGCGGCCCAAGUGUUGGUAUGUGUAUUAAUUUACCACCAACGUUAUAAUCUGCCAACCUACUUGUCGAUGAUACCGAUUUGUGGUGGCGCUAUUAUGUGUUCUGGUGGGGAGGUUAACUUCAACGUUAUUGGCGUUACCUUCUCUAUUGGUGCUGUACUCACCCGUGCACUGAAGAACACCAUGCAAGCUCACCUGAUGACUGUUUCCUUUACUAACAUAGAAUUACUCUUCGUCCUAGCUCCUGCCAAUUUGUUCUUUUUCUCGACAUCAUCUAUUCUCUCCGAGGGUCUCACCGAACCUAUUGUGAAUCUCUUCCGGUCCCCUAUUGCUCUAGUAGCUGUUAUUGGCUCGUCGAUGCUGGCCUGUUCCUAUAACCUGCUGGCGUUCAAGAUGUUACAAGUACUCUCCCCGGUGGGUGCAAUGGUGGUCCACACGUUGAAGACUCCGGCGACCUUAUUGGUAUCAUGGAUGCUCUUUGGUAACGAAGUUGGCGUUAUACAAAUUGUCGGUUUUAUCAUCAUUACUAUGGGCGUGUACUAUUAUAAGCAUUACGGCGAGGAGAUUAAGGAGGAAGCGGAAUAUGACGGAGUCAACAAGCAGGAGGAGCUAGAGCAGUUGGAUAUUGAAGAGAAUGGUGCUGAAACUGCCUCUGUGUCGAGCGGUGGAGAUAAACCUGCUGGAAAGGAAUAA